AUGACUAAGCUUAAACUAAAAGUCUUGACGUGGACCCGGACAGCCUGCCCACAUUGGAGACACCCGUUGAAUGCGGAUUCCGAAGACCUGGGCGGCCUCUCACACACUACGGCGAGUGCUGGCGGACUUACGCGGGAGGAGCUGGCACUUGGUGACGAAGACGUCGCAAAUAUUUCUCCUGCCAAAAAAAAUCCAAGAGGAAAAUUCGUUGGCACUGCUCAAAAGAAAAUAAUUAUUAAUGUAUACAAGGAUAAAAUCAAACAACAGCUCGAAAAUCCAGAGAUGCCCAGAUUGUCGUUCAGGGACCUUAUCGUUGCCAUUUCAAAAACCACUGGUAUUGGGCAACGUACAAUUCAAACUACAUUGGGAGAGUACAAGAAGGAAGGUACAGUGUCAUCGCCCAACAAAAGAAAAGUGAGACCUACGGUACUUCAAAAAGUGGACGAAUUCGACAAAAAUGCCAUUAGGCAAAAAAUUCACAAUUUUUGGAGAAACCGUGAGGUGCCAGCAGUUCCAAAAAUGUUAAUUGCCAUCAAUGAAGACGACUCAUUACCAAAUCUGAAACGUACGUCUUUCCAAUUAAUAUUAAAAGAUUUACAAUUUGAGUAUGUCAAGAAAAAUCGCAACAGUGCUCUUCUCGAAAGAGAAGAUUUAAUAUCUUGGCGCCGAAAUUAUUUGUUAAAAAUAAAGCAUUACCGAGCACAGAACAGGCCAAUAUAUUACUUAGACGAGACGUGGGUCAAUGCAGGCGAGACGCAUAGCAGAACGUGGGUUGAUACAACAGUCGCAUCAACACGAGAUGCCCACCUGAGAGGUCUCACCACAGGUCAAAAUGCACCCUCCGGCAAAGGUAAGCGUCUCAUUGUAUUACACAUCGGGUCGUCAGACGGUUUUGUUCCGGGGGGCCUUUUGUGUUUCGAAUCCAAGACCAAUUCUGCGGAUUAUCAUGACGAAAUGAAUGGCGAUGCGUUUUACGAAUGGUUUGUUAAGACCCUGCCAUUACUUAAACCGAACGCCAUCAUCGUCAUGGAUAAUGCUUCAUACCAUUCCGUAAAAAAAACAGAAAAUACCAUGUACAAAAUAAAAAAAUAUCACGACACAUACGUAAUCGAUGAGUACGCAAAAGAUAACGGCAAACUCGUAUUGCGAUUACCUCCAUAUCACUGCGAGCUAAAUCCCAUCGAGCUCGCGUGGUCGUCCGUGAAAAGUUAUGUCCGGACGCAUAACACCACCUUCAAAUUAAAGGACGUAAUGGAAUUGUUAAAAAAAGCCGUGGAACACGUAAGUCCGGAUAUGUGGAAAAAUUUUAUUGAACAUGUUAAAAAGGUGGAAGACAAGUUUUGGGACUUGGAACAUAUUACCGACGAAAUAAUGGACGAGCUACCCGAAGAAGAUGAACGUCAUGUUCUCACGAUAGGAACAGGAGAUACAAGUUCUUCUGAUUGUGACUCUGAUUGA